AGAUGAACUCCCGGGCCCGCAGGCAGGCUAACCUGUCGCUGGGCUAGUGCACCAUCUUCUUCCCGGAGGAGCCACCAAGGUGUGCGCCGGAGAAACGCAGUGAGCUGCGGCGGGCGCUGAGGCGGACCCCAGGGGCGACUGCGGAGCAGAAUGGCAUUGCUGAAAAUCUGAGGAGUUAGAGGCAACAUAAGUACAGUUUUCAGUAUAAGAAGAGAAUUCCGCGUUUUUUAUUUUUCGUCGCAGUGGUGAAUGGGAGCAAAGAUAAAGGAAGGCUCUUCUAGCGCAGCACGAGUGCAGGAUGGGGAAGCAGAACAGCAAGCUGGCCCCCGAGGUCAUGGAGGACCUGGUGAAGAGCACGGAGUUCAACGAGCAUGAGCUCAAGCAGUGGUACAAAGGCUUUCUCAAGGACUGUCCGAGCGGGAGGCUGAACCUUGAGGAGUUCCAGCAGCUGUACGUGAAGUUCUUCCCCUAUGGAGAUGCUUCUAAGUUUGCACAGCACGCCUUCCGCACCUUUGACAAGAACGGCGAUGGUACCAUUGACUUCCGAGAGUUCAUCUGUGCCCUGUCCAUCACGUCCCGGGGCAGCUUUGAGCAGAAGCUCAACUGGGCCUUCAACAUGUACGACCUGGACGGCGACGGCAAGAUCACCCGGGUGGAGAUGCUGGAGAUCAUUGAGGCGAUCUACAAGAUGGUGGGCACCGUGAUCAUGAUGAAAAUGAAUGAGGACGGCCUCACGCCUGAGCAGCGAGUGGACAAGAUUUUCAGCAAGAUGGAUAAGAACAAAGAUGACCAGAUUACACUGGAUGAGUUCAAAGAAGCUGCAAAGAGCGACCCUUCCAUCGUAUUACUCCUGCAGUGCGACAUUCAGAAAUGAGCUGAUCCCAGCAGUGUGGACUGCACACGUCUCAACGUUCUCCUGCAGCUGCGUGUGCACGCGCACACGCUCACACACACGCACACACACACAUUGCUUGGACUACCUACAAAUGGACUUGCUUCUUGUGUUUGAAACACUGUGUGCAUGAGAAUGUCAUUUGCUAAUGAAUUUUAAAAGCAUAUAUUAUAAAAACCUGCCACAAUGUGAUGUGCAAUAUUAUUUCAUGAAAAAUAAUUCUCUGAAGCCUGGCAGAGAUGUGCUACAGUUACCUGAUUUCUGUACUUGUUUUGCUAAUGCUGUACCUCCAAGUGACAGUAGCACUGAGGCCCCUGGUGAUGUAACGUAACCCUGAGCUGUGUCACUAUCUGUGCAGUAGUACCGGGCAGGCCCAUACCUCUGCCCCUGGCCCGUCUGUCCACACACCAGAGCUUGCAUCAUCAGUAAGUAUCAGUGUACUAUGUUUGCAUGCCUUUUGGGUUUGCCUUAAUUCUUACCUCAUUUGCAUCCUACCAACCUGGAAAGAGCUGUUUUUGAUGAAUGCAGUGUAGAACUUAAAAAUCCUGCUAAAUGAUUAGUUAAGUAUAUCUAUCUACAUAUACAGAGACAUUAUUUAUUAAAGGUAUAGAGAUGGAAAUGUAUUGUUUUCGCUUGAGUUUUCAAAGGCUUCUGAAAAGGUGUCAGCAGAUACAGCAAAUAAAUUUAUAACAUUUGA